GACGAGGGGUGUGCUGCCUCCGUCACCCCCACCUUCAAUCUCCGUCCACUUGCACGCCUUUUUGUUUUCUUUUGUUCGCAGCAGCACUGCGGCGCGACGCGGACGGCACGGCAGGUUUCGCAUGACGUCGGGCCCGGUUGCAUGCCGGCACUUGGCGAUCACUCCAGCAGCACUGAGAGCCAACUCAGCCAGGCUACCUCUAGGCGAUGCUGAGGUAGCAGAGGCCUCCAUGCAGCAGGAUGACCGAAGAGCAGCGGCAGCAGAACGGUCUGCAAGAGAUCUGCUACAUCACCGAUGAAGAGGAGGAGAGCAGUGGAGAUGACGAUGAAGACGACGGUUUUCAGGACCAGCCCCACAGCGCCUCCUUCAGCUCAGAGAAUGAGGCUCAGGGAGGCGACCCCGCGGCGUGGCGGUGCACCCCGCCACCGUCUACCUCACCUUCGGGGGAGACGCCGGCCAAGCCCGCCCCCUCGCGGCCGGCGUCCACGCCACACACCGGGGCGUCGGGCCAAAGCCCGGCUCCUCCCUCCACCCUGACAGGAACCAGGAAGAGGAGCUCCAAACCGUCGCACAUGAGACGCAACAUCCGGAAGCUACUGAGGGAGCAUCAGCUGGAGGCAAUGACCAAAGCUGCUCAGCAGGAGGAGCUAGAGAGGAGGCGACGGCAAGAUUUCUCCCUAUCGCUGCUGCCUGAAUAUGAAAGUGGCGAUGUAACAAAGCAUGUGUCGUCGUCAUCGCCGUCAGCAUCAUGCGUGUCGCCGCAGGAGGACGGACAGGACGCCACGGUCUGCCUGGACCCCAGUGGCGCAGGCGCGCACCACCACCACCACCACCACCACCACGACACCGCCAAGGCCGACGACGUACGACGCGUCUACAGAUCAGAUGUGAUAGAUCUAAGCCUGCGCGAGGACGGCGACAUCGUCAGCAGAGGCUCCGCCCACCAUGAGAUAGAGAGCGAGCAAAGUGGCAUGCACGCCAACGACGACCUCAACCGCCCGGACGACCAAGGGAGGGUGCUGGUCAACUUGAACCACCAUCCCUCGGAGAAAGACAUUUUCCUGUCGCCUCAGCUGGCGCGAGCGGUCAAACCUCACCAGAUUGGCGGGAUUCGCUUUCUGUACGCAAACCUGGUGGAGUCGCUGGAGCGCUUUGGCAGCAGCAGCGGGUUCGGCUGCAUCCUGGCUCACAGCAUGGGCCUGGGGAAAACGCUGCAGGUCAUCUCCUUCAUUGACGCGCUCUUCAGGAACACCCGGGCUCACACCGUGCUCGCCAUCGUACCCGUCAACACGUUGCAGAACUGGCUGGCCGAGUUCAACAUGUGGGUCCCGCCCGUCGAGUCCUUGCCACCAAAUAGCGACCCCAGCCUGGUGAGGCCUCGCGCCUUCAAGGUUCACAUCCUCAACGACGAACACAAGAACACAACAUCCAGGGCCAAGGUGGUGGAGAACUGGGCCCGCGAUGGCGGUGUUCUCCUCAUGGGCUACGAGAUGUACCGCCUCCUGUCGCUUAAGAAGAACUUUGUGUCCGGGAGAAAGAAGAAGAGCAAGAAAACCGCAGGGCCCGUCGUCAUCGACCUGAACGAAGAGGACCGCCAGCAGAAACUGCUCAAAGGUAUCGAAAGAGCCUUGGCCCGGCCCGGUCCAGACGUGGUGAUCUGCGACGAGGGCCAUCGCAUUAAGAACUGCCACGCCAGCACCUCUCAGGCCCUGAAGAACAUCAGAACCAAACGCAGAGUGGUGCUGACCGGAUAUCCUCUGCAGAACAACCUGAUGGAGUACUGGUGCAUGGUGGACUUCGUACGGCCGGACUUUCUUGGCACACGCCAAGAGUUCAGUAACAUGUUCGAGCGUCCCAUUCUGAACGGGCAGUGUGUGGACAGCACGCCGCAGGACAUCCAGCUGAUGAGGUACCGGAGCCAUGUUCUGCACAGCCUGCUGGAGGGCUUCGUACAGAGGCGAGGCCACGACGUGCUGAAGGACCAGCUGCCCUCCAAGCAGGAGCACGUAAUCCUGGUGCGUCUGUCUCCGCUGCAGAGGGCGCUCUACACCGAGUUCAUGAACCGCUUUAAAGAGGCGGGAAACUCCGGCUGGCUCAGCCUCAACCCGCUCAAGGCCUUCUGCGUGUGCUGCAAGAUUUGGAACCAUCCAGACGUGCUGUACGAGGCCAUACAGAAGGAAAACCUGGCCAGUGACCAGGACCUGGACCUUGACGACAUCACCUCAGCUGCACACACCAGGUGUCCCACUGCAGCCAAUCAGAAGCCAAAGCCCCUGGAAACUCCAAACCCCAUUGGUGGACUGAGUCUCAGCCAGUUACAGGACAGGGCCAACCAGGUCAUCACGUAUGAAUGGGCGAAGGACAUCAUGUGCGAUUACAAGCCCGGCAUCUUGGAGAACUCUGCCAAAAUGGUGCUGCUGUUCCACCUGAUAGAGGAGAGCGUCAGGAAGGGAGACAAACUUCUGGUUUUCAGUCAGAGUUUGUCCACUCUGACCGUGAUUGAGGACUUCCUUGCAAAGAGACCAGUCCCUCCUUCACCCAACACCUCCAGCAGAGACAGACCAAGUCGGAACUGGGUCAGAAAUGUCCACUAUUACAGACUUGAUGGAAGUACAACCACCUCCGAGCGAGAAAGACUAAUUAACCAGUUCAAUGAUCCCAACAACACCUCAGCGUUGGUCUUCCUGCUAUCGACCCGAGCCGGUUGCCUGGGCGUGAACCUGAUCGGGGCGAACCGCGUGGUGGUGUUCGACGCCUCCUGGAACCCCUGCCAUGACGCCCAGGCCGUGUGCCGCGUGUAUCGCUACGGGCAGAAGAAGGCGUGUCACAUCUACAGGCUGGUGUGCGACUUCACGCUGGAGAAGAAGAUCUACGACCGGCAGAUCUCCAAACUGGGCAUGUCUGAUCGCGUGGUGGACGACUUGAACCCUGUGCUGACCUUCACCAGGAGGGAGGUGGAAUCUCUCCUCCACUUUGCCGAGGAAGAAGCGGAGCCGUGCCAAAUCCAGCUGCAGCACCAGAACGGCAUGGAGUGUGUCCUCGGGAAGGCGCUGCGUCUCUUUCCUCACCUCAUCACCAAGCAACCGUUCCCCCACGAGUCUCUGCUGAUGGACCGCAGGGAGAUGAAGCUGAGCGUGGCCGAGAAGAAGGCGGCCAAGAAAGGUUACGAGGAGGAGAAGAGGGUGUCUGUGCCGUACACGCGUCCUUCUUACGCCCACUACUACCCGGCCAGCGACCAGAGCCUGACAAACAUCCCCGCCUUCAGCCAGAGGAACUGGCGACCUCCUCACGCUGACGAGAAACCGGUGACCGGUGUGCAACCAGUCCAGUCUACUCCGGUUCCCAGCAUGCACCUGCAGGCGUCUGUGGGCUCUGCUCCCGCUAAAGACUCAACGCCAUCAGGCCUCGGGGGCUUUCCUGUCAACUGCUUGCAAAAAGCUGGCGUGUUUGUGCAGAAGAUCGUCACCACGACAGACAUGGUGAUUCCAGGCACUAACAGCUCAACCGACGUCAAAGCCAGAAUAUCAGCUGGAGAGAGCAUCCAUGUCAUCAGGGGCACCAAAGGAACCUACAUCAGGACUUCUGAUGGACGAAUCUUCGCCAUCCGAGCAGCUAGCAAGCCUAAAACAUCCGAGGAGACAUCAAGAUCCUACAAAGACCCCCAGGGGAGUGCAGAGCAGCAGCCAGGCAGCGAUAGCAACGGUCCCUCGCCACCUGACCCACAGCACCCGUUACCGUCCCCUGGCGGUCCGGAGAUGGUGAGUGAGUUGCAGCACUACGCCGCCUCCACCACAGGCAGCCAGGCGGCGAUGGCGAAGGACAACUUGACUUCCGUAGCUCAGGGCAACAACAACAGCGGCGGCGGGAAGGUGAGCCGCCGCGCCGGCGUCAUCCAGCCCAACAUGGACGCCGGCGCCGCCCAGGACUUGAGAGUCAGCUCCAAGCGCAAAGCCUCCACGCCGUCGCUGGACGAGCGGCCCGGCAAGCAGCCCCCCGCCGGCAAACACUCCGCGGCCUCGUUAGCCUCGCAGGCUUUCCCGUACCCGGCGGGUUACGCCCUCCCUCUGGGCUUCAACCCGGCCAUGCUGGGGGGCGCACUGGGACACCCGCUCUACAUGGGGGCGGGCUCUCCCUACAUCCACCCCUCCCAUGCCGGACCGGGCGACCCAAACUUCAUGCCCGAGCUGUUCGCGUUGGGCGCCGUGCCCUCGCCGUCGUCCUCUUCGUCGGCCGUGUCUACAUCCACCGCCGUCUCAUCUUCCUCCGCGUCGAAAGAUUCCACUUGGGCUCCGGGCGCCAUGCCGCCGUUCAUGCUCAGCCCCAGCCUGGCGGGAAUGGCGGGGAUGCUCCCGCCUGGUUUCCCCCUCUCUUACAGUCAAUCUCUGGCGGGCUUGUACCGCGGGUCCAUGCUCCCCGGCGGGCUUCCCGGUCCGGCGGCCACUCCCGGUCCAGCCGGGGCCAGCUUCCUCUCGCACUACACUUCCGCCUCCAGCUCCUCCUCCUCGUCCUCCCCUCCAUCUUUCUCCCCGUCGGCGCGGUCCGUGGCUUACGGCCGGAAUGUCAGCAGCCCCGAGAGCUCCGAUAGCAGCGACGAGGUCAUUGAAGUGAACGGCCAAUGAAACACGACCAUUUUGCAGUGUUUCCCCCAGAAUACUUGUUAGUUAAGGUGGUGUCUCUCCAGGGGGAAGAGGGUGUCUAGACUAGACUACAGACUGUGGUGAAGUAGGCCGGCUUCGUCGCGUGAAAAAGCCUACAACUUUUGGUUGUGUUUUCCACUCCGUAUGCUGAAUGGCAAUAUACGAUAUUUUUUCCGUAAAGUAAAAACAAAACAGUCCAAGUUACCUGAGAUACUAAGUAUGUCGUUAUUUUGACUUAGUAAAUAUCGACUUACCGUAUUUUUCGGAGUUUAAGUCGCUCCGGAGUAUAAGUCGCACCGGCCGAAAAUGCAUAAUAAAGAAGGAAAAAAACAUAUUAGUCGCAUUUUCUGGGGAAAUGUAUUUGAUAAAACCCAACACUAAGAAUAGACAUUUGAAAGGCAAUUUAAAAUAAAUAAAGAAUAGUGAACAACAGGCUGAAUAAGUGUACGUUAUAUGAGGCAUAAAUAACCAACUGAGAACGUGCCUGGUAUGUUAACGUAACAUAUUAUGGUAAGAGUCAUUCAAAUAACUAUAACACAGGGGUCACCAACGCGGUGCCCGCGGGCACCAGGUAGCCCGUAAGGACCAGAUGAGUAGCCCGCUGGCCUGUUCUAAAAAUAGCUCAAAUAGCAGCACUUACCAGUGAGCUGCCUCUAUUUUUUAAAUUGUAUUUAUUUACUAGCAAGCUGGUCUCGCUUUGCUCGAUAUUUUUAAUUCUAAGAGAGACAAAACUCAAAUAGAAUUUGAAAAUCCAAGAAAAUAUUUAAAGACUUGGUCUUCACUUGUUUAAAUCAAUUCAUGAAUUUUUUUACUUUGCUUCUUAUAACUUUCAGAAAGACAAUUUUAGAGAAAAAAAUACAACCUUAAAAAUGAUUUUAGGAUUUUUAAACACAUAUACCUUUUUACCUUUUAAAUUCCUUCCUCUUCUUUCCUGACCAUUUAAAUCAAUGUUCAAGUAAUUUUAUUUUUUUUAUUGUAAAGAUUAAUAAAUACAUUUUAAUUUAAUUCUUCAUUUUAGCUUCUGUUUUUUCGACGAAGAAUAUUUGUGAAAUAUUUCUUCAAACUUAUUAUGAUUAAAAUUCAAAAAAAUUAUUCUGGCAAAUCUAGAAAAUCUGUAGAAUCAAAUUUAAAUCUUAUUUCAAAGUUUUUUGAAUUUCUUUUAAAAUUUUUGUUCUGGAAAAUCUAGAAGAAAUAAUGAUUUGUCUUUGUUAGAAAUAUAGCUUGGUCCAAUUUGUUAUAUAUUCUAACAAAGUGUAGAUUGUAUUUUAACCUAUUUAAAACAUGUCAUCAAAAUUCUAAAAUUAAUCUUAAUCAGGAAAAAUUACUAAUGAUGUUCCAUAAAUUCUUUUUUUAAUGUUUUCAAAAAGAUUCGAAUUAGCUAGUUUUUCUCUUCUUUUUUUCGGUUGAAUUUUGAAUUUUAAAGAGUCGAAAUUGAAGAUAAACUAUGUUUCAAAAUUUAAUUGUCAUUUUUGUCGUGUUUUCUUCUCUUUUAAACCGUUCAAUUAAGUGUAAAUAUCACUAAUUAUUAAUAAUAACAUAGAGUUAAAGGUAAAUUGAGCAAAUUGGCUAUUUCUGGCAAUUUAUUUAAGUGUGUAUCAAACUGGUAGCCCUUCGCAUUAAUCACUACCCAAGAAGUAGCUCUUGCUUUCAAAAAGGUUGGUGACCCCUGCUAUAACAUAUAGAACAAUCGCUAAAUCCCAUGAAAUCUUAUACGUCUAGUCUCUUAUGUGAACAAGCUAAGUAAAAUUAUUUGAUAUUUUACGGUAAUGUGUUAAUAAUUUCACACUUAAGUCGCUCCUGAGUAUAAGACGCACCCCCGGCCAAACUAUGGAAAAAAACUGCGACUUAUAGUCCGAAAAAUACGGUAUGUCAUUAUUUUUGACUUAGUAAAUAUUGACUUACUAAGACAAAAUAAUGACUCAGUCAAAUUAAUGACUUACUGUAAAUAAGCGUUUGCAAUAAGCAUUUGAAAAAAACAGUUAAAAGUGGGGUAAUAAUAAUAUUGUAUUAAGACCUACUAUUUUGUUUCUGUCAUAAUUGAAACAACAUUAGCAAAAAUGCCGAAAAAAUUGACAUACAUUUCCGUGUUUUUGAGGCCUUGAGUUUGACACCUGUGCUUUGGAACGGCGAUUCUCAAACAGUGGUACUAAGUACCACAAGUGGUACGGCAAAGAAUCACUUCAUUAAAGUACAGUGUUUUAUUUUCCCAUAUUCAAACACAGUAAAACUGUUCAAACUGUGUAAGGUUAUAGUAGCCAAAAAUAUUAUGUACCGUAUUUUUCGGAGUAUAAGUCGCACCGGCCGAAAAUGCAUUAUAAAGAAGGAAAAAAACAUAAAUAAGUCGCAUUUUUUGGGGGGAAAUUAUUUGAUAAAAGCCAACACCGAGAAUAGACAUUUGAAAGGCAAUUUAAAAUAAAUAAAGAAUAGUGAACAACAGGCUGAAUAAGUGUACGUUAUAUGAGGCAUAAAUAACCAACUGGUAUGUUAACGUAACAUAUUAUGGUAAGAGUCAUUCAAAUAACUAUAAGAUAUAGAACAUGCUAUACGUUUACCAAACAAUCUGUCACUCCUAAUUGCUAAAUCCCAUGAAAUCUUAUACGUCUAGUCUCUAAUAUUUGAUAUUUUACGCUAAUGUGUUAAUAAUUUCACACAUAAGUCGCUCCUGAGUAUAAGUCACACCCCCGGCCAAACUAUGAAAAAAAAACUGCGACUUAUAGUCCGAAAAAUACGGUAAUAAUAAUAUUGUAUUAAGACCCUACAGUUUUUUAUCCUGUCAUAUUUGAAACACCAUUAGCAAAAAUGCCGAAAUGCCUCAUUGACAUACAUUUCCGUGUUUUUGAGGCCUUGAGUUUGACACCUGUGCUUUGGAACGGCGAUUCUCAAACAGUGGUACUAAGUACCACAAGUGGUACGGCAAAGAAUCACUUCAUUAAAGUACAGUGUUUUAUUUUCCUAUAUUCAAACACAGUAAAACUGUUCAAACUGUGUAAGGUGAUAGUAGCCAAAAAUACUAUGUACCGUAUUUUGCGGAGUAUAAGUCGCACCGGCCGAAAAUGCAUUAUAAAGAAGGAAAAAAACAUAAAUAAGUCGCAUUUUUGGGGGGAAAUUAUUUGAUAAAAGCCAACACCGAGAAUAGACAUUUGAAAGGCAAUUUAAAAUAAAUAAAGAAUAGUGAACAACAGGCUGAAUAAGUGUACUUUAUAUGAGGCAUAAAUAACCAACUGGUAUGUUAACGUAACAUAUUAUGGUAAGAGUCAUUCAAAUAACUAUAACAUAUAGAACAUGCUAUACGUUUACCAAACAAUCUGUCACUCCUAAUCGCUAAAUCCCAUGAAAUCUUAUACGUCUAGUCUCUAAUAUUUGAUAUUUUACGCUAAUGUGUUAAUAAUUUCACACAUAAGUCGCUCCUGAGUAUAAGUCGCACCCCCGGCCAAACUAUGAAAAAAAAACUGCGACUUAUAGUCCGAAAAAUACGGUAAUAAUAAUAUUGUAUUAAGACCCUACAGUUUUUUUUCCUGUCAUAUUUGAAACACCAUUAGCAAAAAUGCCGAAAUGCCUCAUUGACAUACAUUUCCGUGUUUUUGAGGCCUUGAGUUUGACACCUGUGCUUUGGAACGGCGAUUCUCAAACAGUGGUGCGGCAAAGAAUCACUUCAUUAAAGUACAGUGUUUUAUUUUCCCAUAUUCAAACACAGUAAAACUGUUCAAACUGUGUAAAGUUAUAGUAGCCAAAAAUACUAUAUACUUGGCAAAUAAAACCUUUGCUUUGUUUUUAGUGAAUACUUAGGCCUACUACACUAUAGUUUAAUGUUGAUCAUUAUGUUGGUACUUGGGGAGACAUUUUUUCCAGAGUUUGAGAACCCCUGAUCUAGAAGGGGGACUACGACCGCAGUUUAAGAAUCAAUAAAGCAUUUUUUUUUACAUUUUCCUUUUUAAAUGCCCUUAAAUGCCCAUCCCUGUACUGUAGCAUCCCACUGUUGCUUGGGGGAUAUUUCAAAAAAAGAGAAACCUUUAAAACGACUUUGACUGCCAGGACAGUGGUAUUGUAUUUAAAAAAAAAAAAAAAGGAGGUAGACCUGCUAACACCUUAAAAACUCUUCACGGAAUGUACGCUCCAUGCGAUGCCUUCAAACGAGGCCUUUUAACGGAGACUCCUAUUGAGACACGUGGCGUGAGAAAAAUGAGUUUUUCUUUCUUUUUUUUUUGUGAGAAGAAAAAAACUGCUCGCUCGCUCUCUCUUGUAGCGGAGAACGGGGAAAAUGCCUUUUUUUUUUGCCGCCGAUUUCUUUCCUGAAUGUGAACGCUGAGAGGCGGUCGGUGGAAAUGUCAGCCCACAGUCUUACUGUAGCCUAUAGUGACAAAAACGAUGCAAAACACUCAAGCCUAUAUAUAUAUAUAUAUAUAUAUAAAUAUACUGUAUUUAUUAGUGUACAUGCCGAGAGGAAUCAUCAAGACCACCCCUGUUUGCUGUUACCGUGGAAACAAAUGGAAGAAGGCAACAUUGUUUGGGGGUUGCUUUUGAAGGUCUUUAGUGGGAGCUUUGCCAAAAAAAAAUCUGCAACCUCCAUCAAAGAGGAAUGUGGCCGAAGCGACCAAAAAUGAUGCUCGACGUGAAGAAAUCAGUCAGUUUGCAGGUGAGCGCUGCAGUGCACUGUAAGAAGACACCUGUACCUGUAGACAAAGACCACUACACCCCCAAUUGAAUCACUUGUCUAUAAAGUGAGAGCUUUGUCAUGGAAAACCCAACAAAUCGCUUUUUUACCUGUUUCGUCUAUUUUUAUUUUUAUUUUAUUUUUUGGAUAAUGUUUGAAUUUACCAAGGUGAUUUAUUUAUUAACAAUGAAUAUUUAUUCAUUUGUAUUUUAUUUUUUUUUGUAUAUUUUUUUUUUCCAAAAUAUGUA